AUGGCUACCCCUGAGGGCCCCACCGAAGUCAAUUGUUCCAUUAAAUCAGUUGAACAAGAUAAUAGUAAUUUCAAUGAAGAAGAAGAGAAGCAGAUACAAGAAGCCAUACUAAGAUUGAGCCAAAGAGAAGAGCCGGUCAAUAUAUUAGUGAUUGGUCCCACUGGUGUUGGUAAAUCAACACUGAUCAAUGCUUUACUGGGAAACACUGUAGCUAAAGUUGGUUAUGGAGCAGGAUCAGUAACAUCAGAAGUUGAAGUAUAUGAAGGAGAAUAUAGAGGUAUAAAGUUAAGGGUCUAUGAUACUGCUGGAUUCAGUGACACAGAAGGAAAGAGCAAUGUUGCUAUUGUUAGAGAGAUUGCUGAAGAAAAAAAGUUUGAUCUGAUACUAAUCUGCAUGAGAAUGGACGGCAGAGCAGACAAAGGAGUUAAAGAUAUGUUCACGUCUCUUGGAGAUAUGAUGAAUAAGGAGAUGUGGGAGAGAA